AUGUUUUAUCAACCAGGAGUCACAGAGCACAACCUUCCCCACGACCCUUUCAAGGCGUGCGUGGUCCCCCGUCCUAUCGGAUGGAUCUCCACCCAGAAUAAACAGGGCCAAGCCAAUUUGGCCCCUUACUCGCAGUUCAACAACCUCACCUUCGACCCACCCUAUGUGAUGUUCUCGUCCAAUCAAACCGUCGAAGGCACUCGCAAAGAUACUGUGAUCAAUGCUGAGCAAACAGGCCAAUUCGUCUGGAACUUGGCCACUUGGGACCUGCGUGAAGCGGUCAACAUCUCUGCUGAGCAAGUGCCAUACGGUGUGGACGAGUUUGAGCGUGCCAAGGUGACCAAGGAGCAGGCCACUUUGAUGGACGUCCCGAUGGUCCAAGAGUCACCCGUCAAAUUUGAGUGCGAAUAUCACUCCACCGUCCGCCUUCCUGGUAACCCCCCCAUGGGCACGGUCGACGUGGUGAUCGGCCGGGUGAUCGCUGUUCACAUCAAAGACGAGGUGCUCACGGAUGGAAUUCUGGAUAUCAAGAAGACCCAGCCCAUUGCUCGAUGCGGGUACUAUCAGUACACAGUCGUAAAGGAGACAUUUGACAUGGUUAUUCCCGGGAUGUCGGAAGAUGUACUAUAUGGACUGGAAGGAAGUGCCAAGCGCAACAAAGAGGCAAAAUCGCGAGUUUCAUAG